AUGCCGCUGCUACCAGUCGAACGCUCCGCGGAGUCAUUUCUCCUUGCUGAGACCCGGUUCCAAGUUGUACGCCAAGUUGGCGUUCUCAAGCAGGCUACGUCAAAUGAAGAAGUUGAAAGCUACGCCUCACUCACAGGUGCCCAACGUACGCCAUGCCAGAUCGCAAGCGAGAAGGCUCUCUUCACUAGAGUAGCGGUGGAGAAGGUUGUUGUCAAACUUCCACCGGCAGCGAAGAAAGGCAGACGCGGCAAAAGCGCCAAACAAGCCGACACCGUAAAGAUGUCUGAUAGGGCAGACAGAUCAGGACCUUACUACGAUCGCCCUCUGUUCGUGGAGGAGCGUGAUGACCAUUUCGCAAGAACCCGGUGCUCGUGGCUUCCAAAACGCGACGAGGGGCCUUUUCGUGGCCCAGACGACGCGCCUUAUCGAGAUACGAUGGGUUUCGUGGGUCCUGUAUAUGUGAACCCGCCCUCGUUCUGGAUGGCAAUGUUCAUACAGCCAGAUGAACUAAAUGAUGAGGA